UGGGCUUUGGUUCAGAGUUUAUUUCUGUCCACCGCCUCUCUGCUGCAAAUUGCGUGGCUUGUGUGACUCACGAAUGAGACUGCCCUCCAAGUGUUCCUCUACUCCUCACACCCCAGUUCCCUCUGAGCCUCCCUGUCUCCCUGCGCACCAUGAGGCUAUUCUCUGGAUAAACUUGGAUUUUUUUUUCUUUCAAUAUGUUGCGGGUCGUUGUUCAGUCUGCCAGUGGGAUCCCCAAAAAGAAAAUUGGAAAUCCAGAUCCAAUAGCUGCGGUUGUCUUUAGAGGUGAAAAGAAGAAAACCAAAGCAAUUGACAAUGAGCUGAAUCCCACUUGGAAUGAAGUCUUUGAAUUUGAUUUGAAAGGCUCUUCUUUGGAUGCAUCUUCUUUCAUUGAUGUGGUUGUAAAAGACUAUGAAACAAUUGGAAAAGAUAAAUUUAUUGGUUCUGCAAAAAUCUCAUUAAGAGACUUGGCCAGUGGUCAGGUGAAGUCUCUUCCAUUCAAGAAUGUGCCUCUGAUUAAUGAGAAGCAGCAGCCUGUUGGGGCAACCAUUAAUUUACUCCUUGGGUGUGAGACACCUCCCAGCACCAUACCAAACCUUAAUGAUCAAUCUAAUGGUGAUAUGAGGCAAACGGAAGCUGGAGGCAGUGAGAAAGGUGUGGAGGAAGAUGAAAACAUGGAGGAAACAAGUCUGGUUGGCAGUCCAGGAGCCCCCACUUUACCAAACCAGCCUGGGAAACCAAGCCACAAACCACUCCGUCUCAGCCGAAAGAGGCACAGAGCUCUGGCCAAUAAGCCUCAAGAUUUCCAGAUCCGUAUUCGGGUUAUCGAAGGUCGACAACUGCCUGGCAACAACAUCAAGCCAGUGGUGAAAGUGCAUGUUUGUGGACAGACCCACAGAACUAGAAUUAGGAGAGGAAAUAACCCAUUCUUUGAUGAGAUGUUUUACUACAAUGUUAACAUGCUCCCCUCAGAGCUGUUUGAUGAGAACAUCAGUCUUCGAGUUUAUGACUCCUUCUCCCUCAGAGCAGACAGUCUGGUUGGAGAGUUCAAGCUGGAUGUUGGCUACAUCUACGAUGAAUCUGGUCAUGCCAUAAUGAGGAAAUGGCUCCUCCUGAGUGAUCUUGAUAACUCCAAUUUGGGGGCCAGAGGAUACCUGAAAGUCAGCAUAAUUAUUGUGGGCACUGGAGAUGAGCCACCGACUGAGAGAAGAGAGUUAAGUGAAGAGCUGGACGACAUUGAGAGUAAUCUUUUGGUGCCAGCUGGUGUCACGAUGCGGUGGGCCACUCUGAGCCUUAAAGUCUAUCGUGCAGAGGACAUGCCUCAGAUGGAUGAUGCCUUUGUUCAGAACAUAAAGCACAUCUUUGGAGGCGAGGGCGAUAAGAAGAACUUGGUUGAUCCAUAUUUGGAAGUCAGCUUUGCUGGAAAGAAGCUAUGCACCAGAAUAGUAGAGAAAAAUGCAAAUCCAGAGUGGAAUCAAGUCAUCAACCUCCAAGUCAAAUUUCCAUCUAUGUGCGAACAAAUAAAGUUGACCAUGUAUGACUGGGACCGUCUGACCAAGGAUGAUGCCAUAGGAACUGUCUAUUUGAAUCUAAGCAAAAUGUCUCACUCUGGUGGGGAGAUUGAAGACACACAGACUGAUACUCCCAACACAGUCUCUGAAUUAAGCACUGCGCCAUCAGAGGUUGGUUUUCUCCCAGCUUUCGGGCCUUGCUAUGUCAAUCUGUAUGGAAGUCCAAGAGAGUUCACUGGCCUGCCAGACCCAUAUGAUGACCUCAACUUUGGGAAUGGAGAAGGGGUUGCAUACAGGGGAAGGGUCCUUGUGGAACUGUCCACUCAGUUGGAUGGAAAAAUUGAUAAAAAUGUGGACGCCAUCUCCAGUGAUGACAUCCUAGUAGCACAGAGAUACCAGCGGAGGAGGAAGUACUCUCUGUGCGCUGUUUUCCACAGUGCAUGCAUGCUCCAAGAGCCAGGUGAACCGGUGCAGUUCGAGGUCAGCAUUGGUAAUUAUGGUAAUAAGCUGGAUUCUACCUGCAAACCCCUGGCGUCCACAACCCAGUACAGCUUUGCUGUGUUUGAUGGUAAUCACUACUAUUACCUACCCUGGGCUGACACCAAGCCUGUGGUGAUCCUCACGUCAUACUGGGAGGACAUCAGUCACCGCCUGGAUGCUGUCAAUGUUCUCCUAUUCAUUGCUGACCGACUGGAGUCCCACCUUGCUUCUUUAAAAACAGCCAUCUCGGCCAAGGUGCCUGAGACACGUCUGGCAGAGAUCUGGCUCAAACUCAUCAACCAGCUGAUUGAGGACCUGACCAGUUUACAACUUCCAGCUCCAGAAGGUCAGCCAAAUAUUACCAUGCUGGAUCUUCAGAUAAAAAGUCUGCGUGAUGCUGCUGUGGUCAGUAUCAAAGAGAUGGCUAUUCGCUUGAGAGAAGAGGCCACAGAUGUCAAGUCUACUGUUGGUGACAUUGAAGAGUGGCUGGACAGAAUAAAGCAGCUUGCAGAAGAGCCUGAGAACAGCAUGCCAGAUGUGAUCAUAUGGAUGUUUAGAGGAGAGAAGAGGGUGGCUUAUGCCAGAGUCCCAGCCAACCAGAUCAUGUUCUCUAACUUUGGUGAACAGGCCUGUGGGAAAUACUGUGGAAAAACCCAGACCAUCUUCAUGCAGUACCCUAUGGACAAAAACAAAGGUUUAAAGAUCCCCGUUCAGCUGCGGGUCAACAUGUGGCUUGGUCUCUCUGCUCAUGAGAAGAAGUUUAACAGCUUCUCAGAGGGAAACUUUAGUGUAUAUGCUGAAAUGUAUGAGAACCAGGCUCAGGUGUUCGGGAAGUGGGGAACCACCGGUCUGGUUGGUCGCCACAAGUUCUCAGAUGUGACCGGAAAGGUGAAACUGAAACGAGAGUGUUUUUUGCCUCCACGUGGAUGGGAAUGGGAGGCAGACUGGUUUGUUGACCCCGAGCGAUGUCUGUUGACAGAAGCAGAUGCAGGCCACACCGAGUUCACGGAUGAAGUAUUUCAGAAUGAAGCACGUUUUCCUGGUGGGGAGUGGAAGCCUGCAGCAGAGCCCUUCACAGACGUGAAUGGAGAAAAGGCUCCAAGCCCAGGAGAGUUUGAAUGUCCACCUGGAUGGAGCUGGGAGGAUGACUGGAGUUUUGACAGCAACAGAGCUGUAGAUGAGAAAGGUUGGGAAUAUGGUGUCACAAUCCCCACUGAUGAUAAACCCAAAUCCUGGGUUGCAGCAGAGAAGAUGUACCACGUUCACCGCAGGAAGAGACUCAUAAGACCAAGGAGAAAGAUUUCUGAUAAAGUGACUGCUGUCGAGAGGCGAGAACCAGGGGAAGGAUGGGAAUAUUCUUCCCUGAUUGGUUGGAAGUUUCACAGAAAGGAGCGCUCCUCCGACACAUUCCGCCGCCGCCGUUGGAGGAGGAAGAUGGUCCCAUCAGACUGCAUUGGGUCCUCUGCCAUCUUCAGACUGGAGGGAGCAUUAGGAGUUGAUGUUGACGAGAAAACCAGUAAAACGGAUGCAGCCAAACUAUUUGGUGCCAACACACCCACUGUUUCCUGCCACUUUAACAGGUCUUAUAUUUACCAUCUGAGGGUGUACGUUUAUCAAGGGAGAAAUCUCUGUGCAAUGGACAAAGACAGUUUCUCAGAUCCCUAUGUCCAUGUGUCAUUUCUGCAUAUGAGUAAAACCACAGAAGUCAUAAGAACCACACUGAACCCCACAUGGGACCAGACUCUCAUCUUUGAUGAAAUUGAAAUCUAUGGAGAUCCUCAGACCAUUGCCCGCAACCCACCUGAUGUAGUCUUAGAGCUGUAUGACAGUGAUCAAGUGGGUAAAGAUGAACCCAUGGGUCGCUGCACAUGCUCUCCUUUGGUGAAGCUGAACCCCAGUGUGCCUGUCAGUACGAAGCUACUGUGGUACCCAGUCACCAAAAAGGGUCGCAGUGCUGGAGAGGUGCUGCUAGCUGCUGAGCUCCUACUAAAAGACAAGAUUAAUGACAGUGACAUGCCUCUGGUGCCUCCUCGACGAGGGGAGAAACUCUACAUGGUUCCUCAGGGAAUCAGACCAGUAGUGCAGCUAACUGCCAUUGAGGUCUUGACUUGGGGCUUGAGGAACAUGAAGACUUUCCAGCUGGCCACUGUGACUUCCCCGAGUCUGAUAGUGGAAUGUGGUGGUGAGAUUGUUCAAACUGCCGUGAUCAAAAACUUCAAAAAGAAUCCAAACUUCCCUGGAUCUGUGCUGCUCCUCAAAGUGCUUCUUCCCAAAGAGGAGAUGUACACCCCUCCCAUUGUGCUGAAGGUAAUCGACUACAGACCUUUUGGCAGAAAACCUGUGGUGGGCCAGUGCACCAUUGACUGUCUGGAGAAGUUUCGCUGUGACCCUUAUCAUAUCAACAAUGAUGUUUGCAUGUCUGCAAGAGUUGCAAUGAUAGCAUCUACCCAGGGAGACUUUGUCAUAGAUAUUGAGGGAAAAACCAUCAUGAAGACUGAGCUUCAAGCAGAAAAGGAGGAGGAGGCAGUAGAUUGGUGGAGUAAGUUCUACGCCUCUACUGGAGACCAGGAAAAAUGUGGGCCUUACCUAAAAAAGGGAUACGACACCUUACAGGUGUACAACUCUGAACUGGAAGAGGUCCACGAGUUUCAUGGACUGACUGAUUUCUGCAGCACUUUUAAGCUACAGCGAGGAAAGACUGAAGAUGAGGAGGAUGAUCCCUCAGUGGUGGGAGAGUUCAAGGGCUCAUUCAAGAUUUAUCCACUCUCUGAUGACCCAGGGGUGCCAGCUCCACCUCGCCAGUUCAGAGAACUUCCUGAGAGUGGGCCACAGGAGUGCCUGGUCAGGAUAUAUGUGGUGCGCUGCAUCGACCUGCAGCCUAAAGAUACAAAUGGCAUGUGUGAUCCAUACAUUAAGAUUGCACUUGGGAGGAAGACACUGGAUGAUAUAGAUAACUACAAACCAAACACCCUCAAUCCAGAGUUUGGAAGGAUGUUUGAGCUAUCCUGCUUCCUGCCUCAAGACAAGGAUCUGAAGAUUGCUGUGUAUGACUAUGACUUGCUGAGCAGAGAUGAAAAAGUUGGUGAGACAGUCAUCGAUUUGGAGAACAGACUCCUGUCUCGUUUUAGGUCAACCUGUGGCCUGCCCCAGACUUACUCUGUGUCAGGGAUCAAUCAGUGGAGAGAUCAGCUGAAGCCUUCUCAGAUCCUCCAGAAUGUGGCAAAAGUGAGGGGUGACCCUCCUCCACACAUAGAGGGAGAUGGCAGCUCACUGUCUUUCUCAGGAAAACUAUACAACCUACAAGAUUUUGAGGCAAACACUUUGAUCCACCCACAUUUAGGCCCAGCCAGAGAGAGGCUGGCCCUGCAUGUUCUCAGGAACCAGGGCUUGGUACCAGAACAUGUGGAGACCAGAACCCUCUAUAGCUCCCACCAACCAAAUCUGUCUCAGGGACGAAUUCAGAUGUGGGUAGACAUUUUCCCCAAGAGAUACGGUUUGCCUGGGCCCCCACGUAAAAUUACUCCACGCAAAGCCAAGAAGUAUUUCUUGCGGGUCAUUAUUUGGAACACAACUGAAGUCAUUCUGGAUGAGACAAGCAUCACUGGAGAAAACAUGAGUGACAUCUAUGUCAAAGGAUGGAUGCCAGGAAUGGAGGAGGACAAGCAGAAGACUGACGUCCACUACAGAUCCUUGGAUGGAGAUGGAAAUUUCAACUGGAGGUUCAUCUUUGGGUUUGAAUACAUGCCUGCCGAGCAGCUGUGUGUUGUCUCAAGGAAAGAGCAUUUUUGGAAUCUCAACAAAACUGAAUUCAAGAUUCCUCCUAAACUGAUCAUCCAGAUAUGGGACAAUGACAAAUUCUCACUGGAUGACUACUUAGGAUCUGUUGAGUUGGACCUACUCCAUCUGGUCCCCCCUGCCAAGACCCCAGAAAAGUGCAGCUUGAAGAUGCUGCCAGGGAUGAUGGGAUCUGUGUCCACAAAGAAACCACUGCCCAACUCACUCUUUUCCCAAAAGUCUGUGCGAGGCUGGUGGCCAUGUGCAGUUGAGCAGGAUGGAAAACAUAUACUUGGUGGAAAAGUAGAGAUGACACUGGAAAUACUGGAAGAGAAGGAGAUAGAGGAAAGACCUGCUGGUAAAGGGAGACAUGAGCCCAACAUGAAUCCUAAACUGGACCCACCCAACCGACCUGACACAUCAUUUUUCUGGUUUACAAGCCCUUGCAAGACCAUGAAAUUCAUAGUGUGGCGCAAAUUCAAGUGGAUUUUUAUUGGAAUGAUUCUUCUUCUGCUGGUUAUUCUGUUUCUGGGGAUCUUGCUCUACUCUUUGCCUAAUUACAUCUCAAUGAAGAUUGUGAAGCCUUUCUCCUAAAACAUAGUGGAGAGAAACGGUCUCCCUUCCUGCAGCAGAAUCUACAGCCUUGCACACAAUUGUUUUCUCUCAGACAUAUUCCACAACGUCAGUAUGUCUUGAAUACAAAUAAAAUAAUCUCUUGUAUGAUCUAAUAAAAAGAAUUAAACAAAUAGAUUUAUUUACAUUUUAUAUAUUAAUUAAUUGUUUUUGUAUAAGUUCCAUAGAAAAAAUUUGCAUGCUAUUUUUAAGCUAAAUUUAGAAUCUUUUCCUUCACUUGCAUUGAAUUACAAAGAUCAAGAAUAAAAUGUACCUUUACUUUCAAUUGUAGCAGCACAAUCACACAGCGCAUUGACAAAAAAAGUCCUAGUAUAUUAGCAUGAAUUUAUUUUUAAUUUAUAUUUUUAUUAUCUGUAACAGUUCCUAUGAAUUUGUAACUGAAAAUGUUAAAUUUAGCUGAUUGAUGUUCCUGGAAAAAAAGUGAAACAAAAAGAAAAAAAAAAAAAAAUCACUGGGGCUUCUUACUUGUAACUAUUGACUGAGCAACAUCUGUUUCCUGUUUCCAUCAUUUUAAUAUACGAUUUUACAGACAAAAUAUGAUUACUUAUCAGAUCUUGGUUUUUGUGGCCUGAAGAAAAAACAUCUGCUUUAAAUGUUAUACUAACUUUAUCAAUUUAAAUUGUAUGCACGUUUCUGCAUAAUUAAAACUGAUUUUGCUGAA